AUGGAUGCUAUAACGGAAUCGCCCGGGCAGUACUGGCCUGUAUCGCACAAAUAUGACACUAUAGAUAGGAAAUAUAAGUUUUUUAAGGCAGCUUAUGCCUUUCGGAUGCAGACAUAUUAUCCGUUAAUACAACUUGGCGAUAGCGUUUACUCGUCUUCUCGACGUAGUGCCAACAAUCUGAAGUCGCAGAUCUCAAACGGAAGUGAAGUGAACGUUAAUAGAUUUACUGCCGACUCAAAUGUGAAGGAAACGCUCAUUACAAUAAACGAUUUGUCAAAUGAUAUAUUGCUGGCAAUAUUUUCUUAUUGUCAUCCAAUUGAUUUGAUUCAUUGUUUCUCUUUGGUUUGUCGCCGUUGGAAUUAUUUAGCAAAUCAUCCCACUCUCUUCACUGAAGUUCGGGUAAUAGUUAACGGUCUCUCGUUGAAAUAUGACAGUGUGAAGACAUUUUUUCAGAGGACUUCACAAUAUCUUCGGAAACUGUGCAUUGAUUGUUCUGUGCCCUUACCGUCUACUCGCGUUAACGCAUUAUUCGACAUUUGUUUUCCUAACGUGAUCCAUCUCGAUAUUGGAUCUUUUAAAGAAAUGAAUACUACGUUGUUGGAAAAGUUAUCAUAUUGCUUCCCCAAUGUUAAAACAUUGCAUUUGGAGAGAUUAAAACGAUGUUCAAGCCGUAAUGGUGGUAUAGACGAAUGGAAGCAAACGUUGAAAAUGUUAUUUGAAGAUGAAAACAUUUUUCCGAAAGUGCAAAAUUUCUUCAUUGGUGAUAUAAGUGACUAUGGCCCAAAAUUGCCGGCGUGCAAACGUCCGCUGAAUUUAUUACAUAUUCAUAACGGGGCAGGUCGUAUCAAUUUCUCCGAGAUUAGAACUUCUGCAUGGCGGUUAACUCUUACUGAGCUUUUUCUUGAAUUUAUUGAAAACGAAGACAUUGAAUAUAUUGGCCUCUUGCAAAAUUUGAAAGUUUUUUCAUUGAAUAUGAGUCUUUACGCCUUCGAUGAACACUUUGUGCAUAUAAAGAACUUGCACAACCUGGAGGAACUAAGGAUAUAUUUCGGUGGCGAGGAUUGUAACAUUUCAUCCACUGGAUUGAUUGAUUUAUUCACUUUGCCAGAGAGGGAUCCUGAGAAUUCAUUCCCAUUCAAACUACAGCAUUUAAUAAUUGCAAGUUUCUAUGGAGGCACGAGUGAUCUAUUCGACGCCAUUGACCAGAAUUGUCCAAAUUUGAAAACACUUGGUAUACCAUACAAUAAAUAUUCAAUAUUUCAUGAUGAAAUUAUGCCUUCUAUCAUCAAGAACUUCAAGAACUUAGUUUUUUUGGAUCUAAGCCAUCUCGGGGAUUGUUAUAAAGAUGAGAUUUGGAGUAAUCUGAGCGAUGACGAUUUGCCAAAUUUACGUUUUCUCAGACUUCAUGGAAAUAAGGUUAAUAUUGAAAGUCUACAACGUCUGAAUUUGAGACGACGUAAGCUGUUAAUUUCAACCAAACGGAAUUAUUUAAUUAACUGGACUGAAACCGAGAAUGGCUUCGUUUUCCACGAUACUUUUAAUGGUGAUAUCAGAGCCGUAAUGAACGAUUUAUAUCAAAUCGAUGGAUUUCGUGGUUGUGUAAUAUACCCCGGAAUAUCCAUACACGAAGAUGCUAUUCGUCGCACUUUAGAGCGUUCAUCGUCAGUUGAUGAUUGCGUGCGAUUAGGAAGAGGACGUUUUACCAGUGACGAUUCUGUAUAA